AUGGCGUACUACGCACCACCUCAACCGUACACAGGCUCUGACCAUUCAGACGAAGUGUCGUCAACUCACUCGUGGCAAACACUGUCGUCGCUCGAGUCUGAACAGAGGUCGUUGGCAUCAGGAGCAUGGUCGGUGACUUCGUCUGGUGUCAAGGCAAAGUCGUACAAGUUGGACUACGUCUUUGGUCCCUCGGCCUCGCAGGGCGAUGUGUUUGAUACCUCGGGCGCAAAGACCCUGAUCGACGAAGCCGUCGCUGGCUUUGCCUGCACGCUGUUUGCUUUUGGCCAGACCGGCUCGGGCAAGACACACACCAUCACCGGGCCCGACGCCAAGAUGGACGGCAUCCUCCCGCGAGCCAUCCACUACCUCUUCGACCGUAUUGCCCAGGAGACCUCCGAGUACGUCCGCUUUGCCAUCCAGGCCUCGUACAUCGAGAUCUACAACGAGAACGUCCGCGACCUGCUCAACGUCUCCUCAGGCGUCCUGCCUGUCCGCUGGCGCGAGGACCGCGGCUUUUACGUCGAGAACCUCUACGUCGUCCUCACAGAGUCGGUCGACGACAUGAUUGCCGUCGCCGUCGAGGGCAUGACCAACCGCGCCCAGCGCGCCCACGACAUCAACGAGCACUCGUCGCGCUCGCACUCGAUCGUCACCAUGUACGUCACCUCAGAGACAUACGACCCGGCCACAGGCUCCACCUCGCUCCGUCAUGGCAAGCUUUCCUUUGUCGACCUCGCCGGCUCGGAGCGGGUCAAGGACUCGCGCGCCACCGGCGAGGGCCUCACCGAGGCCCGCAACAUCAACCGCUCGCUUCUUGCCCUCGGCAAGUGCAUCGCCGCUCUCUCCGACGCAGAGGCCCGCGGCGUCUCCGUCUCCUCUUCCUCCUCCCACAUCCCCUUUCGGGACUCCAAGCUCACAAAGCUCCUCAAGGACUCGCUCGGCGGUAACGGCAUCACCCUCAUGAUUGCCUGCCUCUCGCCGCACGACCACGACGAGUCUAUCAAGACCCUCCGCUACGCCGCCCGCACCAAGCACAUCCGCAACAAGCCCAUCAUCAUGCUCGAUCCGCGCGAUAAGCUUGUCGCUGACCUUCGCCGCGAAAUCGACAUGCUCCGCAAGGAGAAUGCUUACCUCCGCGAGGAGCAGGCCGCCGCGCCGGCCUCGGCCCGCUCGCCUGCCGUCGAGCUCCCGUCGCUCGCAUCCGCCCGCUCCUCCCGCCCUUCGCCCGCCCGCCGCGCCCGCCCCUCAGCCCGCGGUCGCGCAUCCGCCCGCUCCUCCCGCCCCCCGCCGCGCGCCCGCCCACCCUCAGCAAAUCUCGAGCCACGCGAGGCUGUCUCGCGCCUCGCAGAAGCCGAGUCGGUCAUCGCCGAGUACAUGAAGGAGAACGACGCCAUCAAGCUCGAGAACCACCGCCUCUCCGAGUGGCAGCAGCAAAUGUCGCGCGACCACGCCAACGCCAUCCGCGAAAAUGACAACCUUCGCAAGCGUCUCGAGACCCUCGAGGCCAUGUUUCUGGACGCCGGUGGUGCUCCCGAGCCCCGACGUGGGCCCAACGCCGACACCUCGCCUCCCUCGGCGACUGGCUACGCCUCGCGCACCCCAUCGCUCCGUUCUUCUCGCAGCGGCGCUCCCGCCUCGGGCCCUCCCUCGCACCGCUCCCGCGGUCGCAUGCCACGCUACUCGACGCCCAAGUCAGCCACUGGCCCGCCGCAACCAUCUGCCGCCGCCUCGGCCUCGCCGCCGCUCCGUUACCAUCCCGACGCUGCCGACGACGACGACGCCGACCACCGCUUCGACUCGGGCGACGACGACGCCGACUUCCUCGAAGCCACCUUUAUCCCCCUCGCCGACGGCCGCGAUGUCUCCAUCGCAUCGGAUGCCUCUUCGCGCCGCCCGCAAGCCCACGCACGCACCUCGAUCAACACCCGCGGUCGCGGGCGCGAGCUCCCGGUGACGGUCACGGUUGCGUCGGACAAGUCCAUUGCCAUCGAGAAGAACGAUCAGGCUCAUGCUCAUGGCCACGUCGGCGCUGGCUCGGAUCAGAGCUACCCUGCUCGCAACCUCGACUCGCCGCUCAUUCUCAACGUCGACAAGGCCUUUGGGCCAGCAACCUCUCAGGACGAGUUCUACGCCGCGCUCGCGCCGUUUGCAGACGACUUGCUCGAUCGGUACAACUGCACCAUCUUUGCCUACGGAGAGACUGGCUCCGGCAAGACGUACACCAUGGAGCACGUGAUGCGGGCCAUGACUCGCGACUUGCUCGGCAAGCUGAGCAACACAGAGAUUUACUCGUCGUUCUCGCUCUCGGUCACCUUUUUCGAGAUCUACAACAACACCAUCUUUGAUCUCCUCGCAGACAAGCCCGAUCGCGACGAGCCACGGACCAAGCUCAAAAUCAUGAACUACGCCGUCGUCGGCCUCCAGCACAUCCCGGUCGCCAACGUCGACGACGUCUCCGCAGCCCUCGCCCGCGGCCUCAACGCCCGCUCCGUCGCCGCUCUCGCAAAGAACGCCCGCUCCUCGCGCUCGCACGCCUUCUUCUCCUUUGAGAUCAACGCCAUCAUCGCAGGCUCGGGCACGGGCAUUACCUCGCGCCUCAACCUCAUCGACCUCGCUGGCUCCGAGAGAACUGGGCAGGCCCAGAAAGAGGCCUUCCUCGCAGGCAUGGAUCCCACCGCACAGUCGCGCUACAAGAUGGAGUCGGUUCUCAAGAAGCGCCUCAACGAGGCCAACCAGAUCAACAACUCGCUCACCGCUCUUGGCAACGUCAUUCGCGCUCUUGCCUCCUCGCGGAGACCCUCGUUCCGCGACAAGAAGCUCACCCAUCUGCUUCAGCCCUCGCUCACCGGCCGCUGCCGCCUCGGCAUUGUCUUUUGCCUCUCGCAGUGCGCCACCUCCUCGGCCCUCACCUCGGUCUCCUUUGCCGAAAACGUCAUGCGCCUCCCGGUCGUCGCAGUCCGUCGCAACGCGCAGGUCCUCGCCGUCGCAGACCUCAAAGCUUACAUCAACCAGCUCCUCGCAAACAACUCGGCAAUGCUUGAGGAGCGCAACAAGGCCCAGAACGCCGUUGUCGCUGCUCGCCACGAGAACGACCGCCUCCGCUCCCAGCUCCAGGAGCAGCUCGAGAUCAACCAGGCUGCCCUCGAGUCGCAGGCCCACCGCAAGGCUCUCCUCGCCUCAAAGAUCAAGUCCAUCAAGGCCGCCAUGGCCAAGCUCUCUGCCCAGCUCGCCGCUGUCCGCGGCGGUGCCAUUCCGGCCACGCCCGGCGCUCCGACCACGCCCGCCAAGGACGAGCAGUCGCUCGCUGCUGAGCUGGAUGCCCUCACUCUCCAGCUUGCCACACACCAAUCCACCCUCGCCAAGCUCACUACUGACGAGGCCAAAGCCCGCGCUGUUGUCGACGACCAGCUCGCGCAAAUCUCUGCCCUUGCCUCGGCCGCUUCCUCAGACUCGGCAUCUCGCGCCUCGCUUGUCGCCACCUCGGCAGACUCGCUUGCCGACCUCGUUGCAAACUUGCCGUGGACUCUCGCCAAGCUCACCGACACCAUCGCCCUCUACCCCGAGCUCGCCAACCAGCUUGUCACUGCCCACAACGGCGUCACCGCCCUUUUUGCCAUCGUUACCGCAGACGGCCAAGCCGGCCACGGCACUGCUGCCCUCCGCACCAUCGCCGCCGUCCUCGCCACUCCAUCCGCACGCUCCGCUCUCGAGGCCAUGCCCAACCGUGACGAGCUCCUCGCUCCACUUGCCGGCUUCCUCGCCUCGUCGCCCGACCCGCAGUGUGAUGCAUACAAGGUCGCCGCCGCCCGCGCGGUCGAGGCUCUCGCUGGUCCGGACGCGCCUCUCCUCGCCGCCGCCCUCGUCGACCUUGCCCUUGAAUCGCUCGUCGACAUCCUCGCCUCGGCUGCCAACCAGCGGGUUCAGGCCGCUUGUGCCCAUGCCGUUGCCGCCCUCGCCUCAGCUUCACGCCACGCCCAGGACGCACUUGCCUCCUCUAACCUCAUAUUUCCGCUCUUUGCCCGCCUCCUCGGCUCGGCAGACACCGCCGUCGUCACCGCCGUUCUCUCGGCCGCAGGCCGUGUCGUCUCGGCCCACGACGCUCUCCAGCGCCUGGCCCUCUCCUCGGGCUUCCUCGCCGAGCUCACUUCUCUCGUCCGCGUUUGCACCGGCGACGACGCACUCAACGUCUCGGGCGCGCUCACACGCCACUCGGUCAAGCGCACUGCCGUCCAGGCCCUGCUCUCAGCCACUCUCGGCUCGCCCGACGCCCUUGCAUGGGUUCUGGAUGAGGGCAACCUCCCGCGCUCGGUUCUCCUUGAGGGCCUCGCCUCGUUGCAGACUACGCCCGCAGUCUGUGCCGAGCCGGACGGCCCGCUGCCAUACUGGGGCUCGGCGUUCACCGCGCUCCUGCCGGCCGUCCACGGAGCGCCGUACACGCCGGCCUUUGACGAUAACCCGCGGUUUGUAAUCCGAGUCUUUGGGGAGACCGAGGUCUCGCUGGCGGUCGUCCGCGCAGGCACCACACCCUCGGCUUCGUCAGUGUCAUCAGCUGCCGCCUCGUUCCUCGGCCUCUUUGUCUACGCCCUCGACGAGAUUGAUGCAUCCAGCCGCAAUGUGGCAACCUGCGUCGCCUCAUCCCGUUUCCUCCACCCGACACUGUCGUCGGUGAGCGUGACGCUCGAUGCCUCGUCCGAGGCCGGCUCGGCCUACGUCGUCGUUCCCUACCAGACCGCUUCGUCGAAUGUCCAGCCCAAACUUGCCGCUGUCACCCUCGCCGCCUUUGGCUCAGCACAGUUUGAGAUCGAAGAGCUGGCAGCCGCCGCCGAUGCCCGCCACGUCCUUGCCGGUACCCUUGUCUGUGGCAAGCCGCUUCUUCCGGCGCUGGUCGUCACCAACCUCUCUGCCGACGCCGAGCUCGCAUGCACCGUCCAGGCCCUCGUCCCGUCGGCGGCGGCACGCCGGUCCACAACUGUCGUGGUCCAGGCCGCACUCCCGCCCGGACCCAUGGUCAUUCCGUCCGAGGACGCUAAGCUCCUUGUCGGUGCAGACUGGCCGUGUGCCGCCGCCAUGAGCGCGCCCAAGUACGCCGCCAUCUCGGUCAUUGUCCCGCCGCUCUCCUGGCUCCAGAUUCGGGUCGGCCUCGAGUCGGCGCCGCCGUCGACCCGGUCCACAACGCCAUCGUCAGUAGACCUUGUUGUUCACGCCGACAUUGUCGCCGAGUCGCACGCGUACCUCGUCACCAGCCCGCGGGUACCCGAGACCUUCACAGCCGUCGUCCGCUCGGCCUGGAUCCGCGGCCUGGCCCGCGGGCCGAAUCGUCUCCGCAACCCAAUCUUCAAAGUCUCCUGGGCCGGCGCCGUGCCAGGGUGGAUUGGCCUUGUUGCCCGCCGUGAAGCCAGCCCGCACCUUGCCAUGGGCCUCCAGGUCUUUGCACUCCCGCCAACCGAGCCGAGCGUCCUCCCGCCCGACAACGUCGUCUGGCGGCUCCCGCCCGAGUGGGUCGUCGCAGAGUCGCCCGAAUUCCACCCGGCCGAAGUUGGUCUGCAAGUCGAGCUGGGACCCGAGACGGCCGUCACCUCGGGCAGCCUCUACAUUGUCGCCACUGCCCACGCCAAGAAGCUGUACGGCGAGUUUGACCUUGAGCUCACGGCAGACGUCCCCGAUGUCUCCAUCGAGUGUGUUCGCGGAGAGGCCUUGCCACCGGUACUCUUUGCCGCUAACAAGCAAGCCAUGCUCCAUACCGUGGCCGAAGCAUCAUCGCCCACGUCGGUGCCAGCGAACUCGGCGCCUGAGCCUGUCGCGCCGCUCCCGCCGACGACUCCGGUCGAGACUCCGAUGCCGUCGCAUAAGCUCCGCACCAAGCUCUUCCGCGACGUCACCAACUCGGUUUCAUCGGCUCGCUCUCCUGCGCACAAGGCAACCGGCAAGCAAGAGAUCGACUUGCCGCCAGCAGACCUGUCAUCGCCUCUGCUGGCCAAGGCUGUGCUCUACACGCCUCGCACUGCUGGCGUCGUCGCCGAAAACCAGGAGCUCAAGGUCCAACUGGCACGGACCCAGGCCCAGGCCCAGAGUUCCGCGCACAAGCUCGCCGAGCUAGAAGCCAAGCUUGCUUGCCUCGAGCAGGAAAAAGCCAAGGUCGCCGCCACCGCAGCAGCUGCAGCAGCAGCAGCUCCAGUGCCCUCACCCGCUGCAUCGCCCGCUCCGGCCAACCCUGAGACCGCCAUGGUGGUCUACUCGCAGCCAAGCCCGGCUGCGAGUGACCGCACGCGGGCAUGUAUCAUCCUGUAA